AUGGAAGCUCCCGAUGUUGCGUGUACUCGCCAGCUUCAUCGUGAUGGUGUGCACUCCCAUCACAACAAAGACGAAGAUACUGAAGUUCACAGCGGGAAUGUCGAAUUGCACGAUAAUUCAUCAAAUACAGCCAGCAAUGCUGAGGAAAGCUUUCUUUUAGAUCCCCAACUGAGAGGCUUGGUUUUAAAGUUUUUCUCAAUCAUCGCAGUGGUGCAGAUUUUUAUUUUUGCUUUCACAUCUUGGCAUAUCAUACAAUCUUCUUUGAUUGACCCAGCGCACUUAUCUACAAACCCCGAAUUUAUUUAUGAACAACUAAAAAAGGCCGAAAAACCGGUUAGUCAUUUGGUACCAGCUAGGGGAUUCAACACGCUAGAUUUGGUGGCCAUUUAUGUGUCUUCUUCUGCUUCGCCGUCCAUUUCCUACAGUGUCUUUUCAAAGCAAUUGUCCGAGUUUGUUGAAAGCAAGCGACCCAUUCUCUCCCAUAUUUGGGGAGACAAUUUCCAAGUUUACACUCUGUGCUUGAAUUGGACCAACAGGCCAGCACUUAUCAACGAGCUCAUUCCACUGAUUGUCGAAAAAACCGGGAGGACACACAGCACCUCCGAUACGUUGCACUAUGUGUUUGUUGAUGAUGCCCAUUUCAAACCUUCUACUAAGGUUGUCGAUGGGUUUGGAAUCAUCGACUAUCACAGCCAAAGUUCGGGCAUUUCUGAUUUUGUGCCGUCUUUUCUUGUUAAAUCGCUUUUUCAGGUGGCUAUUGGUAGGACAUUGGAACAUCAUAGGCUUUCCGCCGCUGCACAUGAACAGAUCCAUUCCAAACUGUCCGAUGAUAUGGAGCUAGCCGACUACUGCCAAUUAUUGAUUGACACAAAAGAGCUAGCACAGAAGGAGCUGCUGAAUGAUCGACCACAGCCGGAUUUGAUGUAUCUUUCCAUAUACUUGCCCAUAUUGUCGUCUGUGGUUCUUCCAGUCCCAAUGUUUAUAAUCCGUCGCCUCAAGGCCAGACGGGCAUGCAAGCAAUAA